GGCAUUAGCAAUGAACCCAACUACGUGGGAAUUCCUUUGUUUUAAUGUAUUUUUGUUGCCUUACAUUUAUAUUCAUGAAUAGUUGAUAACUAGACUUUCGACUGACACGUAUGAUUUUAUUUUCUAUGAUAACCGUACGGUUGUUUAAAUACGUAUUUAAACUUCUGCGCUGUUCAUUAUAAUUAUUACUUUGCAUCCAUUAUAUCUCACUGAAUUUAAACGUUAAGAUGACGAAUGUGCGCGGUAGUAUCAGUGCAGAGUUAAUGACGUUUAGCACCACCCUCCAAGGACCUGGAAGCCAGGUAUUUCGGUAUCUCUUGGCAUAAAUUUAUGGGAUGUGUAACUGUUCAUGUUUUUCAUCAUAUUUGAUUUCACAGUUAAAUGCUGCAGUAAUUGGGGUCUUCUAUUAUUCAUCUAUAAAGAGUACUCAAAGUCAUCACUCACAUCUGGAAAUUAGUUCAGUACUCUGUCCUGAACCAAGUGGGUGUCUUUGGUGACUUUAAAGCAUUUCUUCAGAACUAGCGGGACAGGCUCUGUUUGCAAUCUGUUGUUUCCUUGACACCGAAAUGUCAUUGGGAAGGGUGAAACUUAUUGUUCAAUGCUGUAAUACUAUAUCUCGUGGAGUCAAUGUAAAUUCACUCCGAAGAAGUCAUUUUUACAGUGUGAAACCGAGAUUCAAUUACCGUGAUAACAUUGAAAGAGAUAUAAAAGAAGAAGAGAAAGCUCAACAUGUGAUGACUGGACUUUGGGCAUGGCUUACGUAUUACUACAUUAAUCAUUUCUCGGAUUUCCUUAAUCUUUCACCUUCAAUAGACCCUACGAAGUUUAGCGACGCUGAACUAGGAGUUGCAUAGGAUCAGAGUCACAUAAUACUGAUGUUUAACUUUAAAGUGUAGUAUUUCUUUGGUAAUAUAAUUAAAAGUCAUAUUACAAAUGCUCUUUUUUAAUACAUAGUCAAGUCACACGCUUGUGUCUGUUAGAUAUCACAACUUUUUUGAGAUAAAAAAUGCCUUGUGGUAAGAAACCACGUAUCGAACUUUUGAUACCUUUCGUGUAGACUAAACUAGCUAAGACAGCGUCAGUUUUCCAAGCUUAUGUUGAGUUGAAAGCCUACUUGUAUCAGGGUUAGGGUCUGCGGUUUUCAGCCUAGAGGUCAGGCUACAAAAACCCAGACGCUGAUGGGGGCCUAGUCUCAUUUUAGUCACUGAAGAUGAAGGUAAAAUUUGGGUAGCAGCUGGGUCUCGGAGAACACUGAUUAGUUCAUUUCCAGUAGUCCCAAAACGACCGGUACAAACCAAUCAAAGCUUUUGCUUCAACGUUUUGUUUUGUUUCGACGAGUAUUCCGCAUUUUGCUAAUUCCGUUGUGAAUUUAAUUGAAAGGCGGCAACUAUUAAAUUUUUUAAAGGUGCAAUUUAUAUCGGAAUCAUCACGGGGACACCUUUAUAUUAACAUGGUGGGAGUCUGAAAUGAUGUCUAGAGAAAACCUUUAUGAAAUAACUAACUAACAUGCUUUUAUAGUUGUAAACCUGUGAAUCGUAGAAGUGUUCUCGUUAUUUCACUUGCUCACCGGCAUUGACUACUUAGAAGAAGAGCUCUUCUCAAAAAUACCAUGGUUCAGAAUGAAUACUCGGAGCAUUUUGUGGAGAAAGACAACAAACCUAAACAAAAAAGAAAAACGUAGUUCACUGGCACAGGAAAUGCUGUAUAUGAACUUGUUCUUCAGAAGAGACUUAAUGGUAGAUAUCCUAAAGUGGAGAAUCUCUAGUUCCAUAAAGAAGACCGAUCCUGCACCAACACUGAGAGUGAUAUUGUUUAACCGUCCAUUGCUUUCAAGCAAUGUAAAGGACAAGCUCUGGUAUGUAAACACUUCAAUAUACAUAUGUUGAUUCGCCUGCGAAACCUGUUAGACAACAGUACCCAAAAUGGCUGCAAAGAGGCGGCACUGAUUCGAUCGGAAGCACUAUAAUUGGAUACGUCGUCAACACCUAUCACAACAUCUCAGCUGACUAAUCAUUCAGAGUUAUUUACAAAGUGAACAAAAAUCUACGGAAGGCAAUGUGUCUUCGACUCACUUGUGCUGCAGAAGCACUAGCUGUAUGCAUCGCAAUGCCACAGCUGUGUUCAAAAGAAACCAAUCCAACCUCUACUUUUACCACAGAUCUGUUUGACUCCUUGGUUUUCGUUUGUUCAUUCCCUUCAUUUUCAGUUAUAAAAUCUAUUAUUUCAAUUUGUUUCCAUGCGCAUCCUGUUGACAUCUGUCUUUUUUAAAAACUACUUAACAUAUUACGCAACUAUUUUCUAAUCGCGUGUAAUUUUGUUUUCAUGCCUCUCAUAAUCUAUAUCCACACACACAUUCAAACUUUCAUAUUAAGUUUAAAAUUAUUAUCACUUUUAAUCUCCCUUCGUUAUUAUGGUGUUAAAGUAAACAAUAAUUGUAAUUAUGUAAACUUGUGUAUAUAAUUGGGGUUGUACAGCUUUUGAGGAUGAAAUCGCCUAAAAGAUAUAUUUACUAAGCUUCUAUUUUUAAUAUCCCGAUAC